CUCGGUGGUUGUUGUUGUUGUUGUUGUUGUUGGUGGUGGUGGUGGUGGUGGUGGAUGGUGUGGUUGAUGUGUUCAGGCUGGUAUGAAACGCUAGAAGUUCUGAGCUCUGAUUGAAGGCUGGUCUCACACACUCUGGUUGAUCCUCAUCAUGGAGCUGUCUACAGCUGCUGAAGCUGAGUUUGCAGACCUGUACUCGGUCAUCCCCUAUAAUGUCACCUUCCCGGGUGAAGAGCGCGGAUUCCUCCCGGACUCUCGGAACCUGACCGAGCGCUCUGCGUCCACUGGACCCGCGGGGAUCAUCAUAGCUGUCUCCAUCACCGCUCUCUACUCCAUCAUCUGCGUCGUGGGACUCCUUGGGAACAUCCUGGUGAUGUACGGGGUGGUCAGAUAUACCAAGAUGAAAACUGCCACAAACAUCUACAUAUUUAACCUGGCUUUGGCUGAUGCCUUGGCCACCAGCACACUGCCCUUCCAGAGCGCUAAAUACCUGAUGAACACCUGGCCUUUUGGGGAGCCCUUGUGCAAACUCAUUAUUGCUAUCGACUACUACAACAUGUUCACGAGCAUCUUCACCCUGACCAUGAUGAGCGUCGAUCGUUACAUCGCUGUGUGUCACCCAGUCAGAGCGCUCGAGUUCCGGACUCCAGUCAAGGCCAAGUUCAUCAACGUGUGUGUCUGGAUUCUUUCAUCCGCCAUCGGAGUGCCCAUAAUGAUCAUGGCCGUUACCAAGGUGACGGAGCAAGGAAAAACAGUCUGCACUCUGAAGUUUCCUGAUCCUGACUGGUACUGGGACACGGUUACAAAAAUCUGUGUCUUCAUCUUCGCCUUUGUGGUGCCGGUCCUCGUCAUCACAAUCUGCUACGGGUUGAUGAUCCUUCGCCUGCGCAGCGUUCGCCUUCUCUCUGGCUCUAAGGAGAAGGACAGGAACAUGCGUCGCAUCACUCGCAUGGUGCUGGUCGUGGUGGCGGCUUUCAUCAUCUGCUGGACACCCAUUCACAUCUUCAUCAUCAUCAAAACCCUGGUGGAGAUUGAUCAGAGGAAUCCGUUCGUAAUCGCCAGCUGGCACCUGUGCAUUGCCCUCGGUUACACCAACAGCAGCCUCAAUCCCAUUCUUUAUGCCUUCCUUGAUGAGAACUUCAAGAGGUGCUUCAGGGAGUUCUGUCUACCAUUCCGAACCAGGAUAGAACAGAACAGCCUUUCCAGAACCAGGAAUGCCAACCAGGAACCAGCAUCAGUUUGUGCUCCAUCCAGGCAGGAAGGACUCCAGUAUGACUAGGCCUGGAACGGAUCCCACCGGGAUCCCACUCACAAAUACAACAAGAUCUGCAGUCUGAGGUCACGCAGAUAUCCACCACGGAAUUCUAGAACAUCUUACAAAGAUUAGAAUAAGAGACUGAGAACAGGCACGAGUUCAGAUGACUGUACACUUUCUCCUCAUCCUCGUAAAAAGGCAUGUGGGAAGAUCUGAGGAUUCAAGCAGAGUUAGGAGCAGGAAGCAGGACUUCUUAAUAAAUCAGCAUCUUGCUACAUGAAGCAUUUUGCACCAGUGAAAGAAACCAGCACAUGUCCGAAUGAGAAAAUCAGUGAAAAGCAACACACACCACAUUUCACUUCAUGAGGAAAAUUGUUGUUGCAUGAUGUUUUGAUUUAUGGCUACAGCUUCUAAAAACUGGACAUCUGAGAUGCUAAAACCUGCUCUGGAGAUGUUUAGGAUCAAGAAACUGUCGCUCUUUCUUCAGAGCUCAAAGGAAAAGUCUGUGAUAUGAACAGAAACAGUGUUAUUUACUGUACACCAUCGAUAAAUUCACAUUGGGUCGUCAGAUAUAUAUAUAUAUAUAUUUUUGUUCUGACCCCAACAUCCAUCAUAGUGACAUUUCAGUAGUAGAACCAUCGCCUGAAACCUGACCAGCUCUGCAGAUUCAACUGCACCUUUAUAAAAUCACAAAUAUUUCUAUUCAGACUGUAAAAAGACAAUAUAAAGAUUAUACUUUUAUAAUCAGAUGUUUCUGACCAAUAAUAAAUGAUCAGAUGUGGUGUUUACUUGUUGAAAGUGAUCCUGUAGCCACGCAGAUCUUCAUGGACAGGAUUGGACUCUAAUCUCAACAAAGUGUUCCAUCUACGUUCAGCUAUGGACAUUUUAGCGGUAAAAAGUUGGAAAGUCUUGAAUGUAUCAUAGAAAUGUAUAUAAACAGAUCGGUUUCAUCAGUUUAGUAGGAACUUGUAGCAUUUCAGAAGGCAGCUUACUGGAACCUCGUGGUCUGAGCGAAUCACAUGUAGUGUAUAAAGUGUGAAUAUUUCAGUCGUGUAUUUCAGUAGUGCGUAGAAAUAAAAACAACUUCCAUUGUAUAGAAUAUAUACCAUAUUGUAUAUGACAUUUAUGAAUGUGUGCACAUACGUAGAUGAUUGAAGAGGAACGAUCAUAUUGUUGCUGAGUUGCUUUACUACGAUCCUCAGAGCAGAAGAUUCUGUAGUGAAAAUCUCUCUCUUUUGUUCUUUUAUGAACAGAGUGCUCUUAUUUGCUCAGAUGAAUGUAAACAUCUGUAUAAUUGUGCUUCUGCCAUCGUUCGUAUCACAUGGUCUAAAGGUGCACUGGGUGAAGUUCACUUAGUCUCAAUAACAACUGAACAAACUUCAGCAUGAUUUGUGUAAAGAAUCCACGUAAGGCAGGAGAUCAUCCAUAUUUCGAUAAGUUCAUUGUGCUUAUCAAAGAAAGCUUUAAACAUGGAAAAUAAUCAGGAACCUUGAUUUGUUAUAAAGCAUUGAUUUUAUAUUAAAUGUCCCUGAACAUCUGUCCAGAGCACAAAACCUGCUUUUUCACCAUGCUGUAUCUCCAUCCUCGAGUUAGUUAUCAUUUCACACUGAACUUCAGUAUAUUUGUGUUUGUGUGAGAGAAGAAAGAAUAGUUUCAAUAGUUUGACUAUAACAGAUUUCAGCACAGAGCUGCUCUGUACAGCCUCGUUUUCAUCACACUGAUUCAACACACACGUUUUAUUGAAGUCCACAGAUGUUUCUUUUGACAUCUUUAUAAUAAUUAAUGCUAAGUGACUUUGUUAUCUAAAGCAUGAUGACGUCUGUUGUAUUAUAACAAUAACAGUAUUGAAUGAAUUGAGAUUCUCUCAUUCUGUGUUCCCUGUUGCACAACCUCGUGUGAUUAAACGCUGUGGUGCUGAGAGAACUGGUUAAAGCUCUGAAAAGAACGAAGAAAGAAAGAACAAAACUAUUACCAGUAGACAUUUGAUGGCAGGAAUCCUGACAGUAUCACCUUUUCUUUUUUGCACUUAAAGAAAUACUUCUUUCAUGAAUUUUAUAAAUGUAAGUUCAGCAUCUUGCAGGAAGUUUACUGUUGUUCCUCUGCGUUUAAAACUUUUUCUUUGCUCUUAUAUAAAUUUGCUUCUUUUUACUGAACAUUGUGGAAUUUAUAUCUGUGCUGCCUGAGUUACGGUGUGAACACUGCGUCCAUUCAGAUGCUUCUGUUUUCUUUGUAAGGUUUAUAACACGUCUGUGUGCAGUGACUUUGGGACAUGAUUUCUAUUAAUUUAUUUUUCCAAAAGCCAUCAGACAGUGUGACACUUACAGUUCAGCGCUUUCACUUUCUGUUAGCAAACUCCGCGUAGCUCAAAUUCAUCCUCUAUGGAAUGUCCAUGUACCCAAGGGGCCAUAAAGAAUAACCAGAUGCUCUGUGAAUACCUAACUAACCUUCUUCUUCUUCUUCUUGUUUUUCUUGUUCUUCUUCUACUUCUUCUUAUUCUUUCGGUUUCUACCAUUAGGGGGCGCCACAGCAGAUCAUCCGUCUCCAUACCCCCCUGUCCUCUAC